AUGUCAUGGGCUACAUUCUGGACAUCUGGGCUUAACUGCUGGGCUGAUAAUGGUUUGGCCCAUAGGCAGCCCGAAUUCAUCACAAAACAUUUCCCAUUUAAUGCUUCUUUUCUACUCCGCUCUCUCCAAUGGCGACGGCACUCUGUUUUUCGCCUUCGCACACCACAAUUUUCCCUCAAAUCCAAUAGAAGUGGUCGCCAAGCUCUGAGAGAGUGGCAAGAUUACGAGGACGCGGUGAAGGACAAGGACCUCGCUCGAGCUCUUCGGUUCCUGCAAGAUGUCGAACCAGAGGAUUCUUCAAUUGGGUCAUCUGGGUCUCUGGGUGGUGGUGGUGAUGGUGGUGGUGAAUUGGAAUUGUUUAGGUUGAAGAGGGAUUGGGAGGUUUUAGAUACUUGCUUGAAUGCUGAUGAUAUGAGGCUUGUUGGGAGUGCCUAUACGUUUCUCAAAGACAGAGGGUUUUUGCCCAAUUUUGGGAAAUGCUGGAGUAUUGUUCUUGAGGGACCAAGAGAUGUUACACCGUCUGUUUUGAAGUCUUCAACUGGUUUGGAAGUGUCUAAACUUUCGCCAAAGAAAUGGGGUCUUUCUGGAAGCUCCAGUGUUCUUUUAAUUGCUCUACUUGGCGGGGUAUCAUUUCUGCUAAAUCAAGGAAUAGAUAUCGGACCUAACCUUGCAGCCAUGUUAGGAUUAGGCAUGAUGGACUCUAUCUUCCUUGGCGGUACUUGUUUAGCUCAAAUCUCAAGUUAUUGGCCUCCAUAUAGACGUCGAAUCCUAGUUCAUGAAGCAGGGCAUCUCCUUGCAGCAUACCUGAUGGGCUGUCCAAUUCGUGGGGUUAUUUUAGACCUGAUCGUUGCGAUGCAAAUGGGCAUUCAAGGGCAGGUGGAGUGGUUGCUUUAGGGCAUGCAUCACUUGCUUGGCAAGAAAAGGACUUAAUUCGGUUUGCAUGGACUGAAGGUUAGUGGUUGUGAAAGCAAGAGCCUCAUCAAGAAUAUCUUCUCCAUGUAUCCUCAAAUGUGCAGCUUCAUACAAGCUUAGCAUACCCAUUGCAUCCUUGGUAAGUUUUUCAUUGAAUUUCCCAUUGCAGUCCUUGAAUUUGUUGAAGACAUCUGAUUCAUAAGCCAUCAUACCAUAUCAGUCAUCUUUAUGGAGAGGAAGUGAUUUUUCAUGCUUUGAUAUGUGUAGAUAUAUAUAUACACGUACAUAGUGCCAGAUUGACCGCACAAAACAGUAUUUGUCUCCUUAAUUACAAAUAAGAAAGAACGGGCAGAUAUUGUUUGUUUUU